CAGCAGCUGGCAAGUAAAAGCCAUUUCAUUCCCCAUGCUGGUGAGCGUUAGGGGCCCCCUCCCUAGUCCGAAAUAGGCGAAGCUUGCGAAGGCCAACGGCUGCUAUUGGUUGGCCCCAGUAGCCAGCACCCUCCAGCGAGAGUCAGGCAUGCUAGACGACAUUACGUAGGUGCUAGAGUAGUCUACGGGACAUACAACUCCGGUGCGCCUCCACAACCAGGCCUAACCAUAACGAAGUAAAAUACUGCUAGCCCCUACGCGACACGGAAGUAGAUCCGAUGGCUCCUCCUCACCUUAUCCCUAUAGAGUAGUAAUUUUUUUAUGCUUUUCCAUUAAAUUCACCUUGUCUGCUGAGGCCGAGCAGAUUAUCUUGGCCUUUUCUUUCUACAAGUUGCUGAGGGGGGAAAAAAACUUACACUUUUCCAUCCUUCUUUUCCGCCAUUGACUCUGUUGUGUCUGUUGCCUCGCUGCAGGUUGCCUUAACCGGUGCUUCCCAACGCUCUAUCAACCAUCUGCAACUUUCGGAGAUGUGCUGAGCACUUGUGGGCAAAAUUAAUAAUCGCUGCCGCUGCCCAAACCUUCGCUGUCCUCGGCUUGGGUUCCACCACACAAUCAUCCCAUCUCCCUCUCCUUCUCCUCUUUUCACCCUUUUUGUUCAAAUCAGACAAAAGCAUUCUCUUCUUCUUUUGCCUGCAACACGAUUGUAGUUGCUCAGAUACAUCUAGGCUGUUGUGGUGUUGCGUUGCAUAUAGCAAGCAACCCUUCAUCCGCUCAGAACAACCGUCGCCAACUCGCCUUCAUUUCAAGACACACAACCAUAGUGUCAGAUUCCAACUACGAAAUCGCAACGCAGGGCUUUUGCAAUCCCUUAUUACGCUUGAAAUACUUUCAAAAUAUUUACCUUCCAUAUUCUAUCUCCGAGGACGCUCAGAAUUACAUCUACCUGCAAUAUAUCCGUCUACUGCAGUUUGAAAGCGACAGUUACCCUAUCAAACUCACUGAACCUCCAGCUUACCUAAUAGCUCUGGGUUCAGAAUUACAGAAAUCAUCUGUGGCUUUUUGUAUAGUCAGGUUUCCACCAAAAAAAUCACAGGGAAUUAUUAUAGCUUCUGGCUAUAGGAGUCACUGUUGCGCCGGAGGAGCAGAUCUAGUUGAAAUAUAGACUGCGCAUCGACGAUAGGCUGCCAAUGCUUGAAGUCUGAACCGGUGGAUCUUGAACAACAGAGCUUCACAAUACUCAGAGUUUAUUACUCAAAACAAGACAUGGUUUACUGUGGAAAGCCUUCCAAGGGCUGUCAGAUGUGCAAGACGCGCAGAAUAAAGUGUGAUGAAGCUCGACCAUUCUGCAAUCAAUGCACAAAAUCUCGCCGAGAGUGCCCGGGUUACAAGGACCCCUUUGAUUUAGUCUUUCGCAACGAAACACAGGCCACAGAACGGAGAGCACGAAAGGCCACAGCAAAAGCAGCAUCACUCAAAACGGGUGGUAAAGAUAAUGAGUUUCAAAUCAUCACAGGAGCACCCUCUUCUUCUCACUCCUCCCAGACAACUCCUACAAGUAGCAUCGCUACUUCACCAACACAGACAGUUGCAGAGCGUGCCAGGUGCCACUUCAUCUCUAACUUUAUUCUGAUUCCUCCACAGGGCACUGAACGUGGUUAUUUUGAAUUUGUGGUGCCAAUUCUUAACAAUGAUCCACCUGUGCCCUUCAAGCUGGCGUUCGAAGCCUGCUCCCUAGCGUCCCUGGGCCUACGUGUAGGCCACGGUCGAGAGUUUGAAAAGCAAGCAUUGUCAAAGUAUACUGCAGCAUUAGCCGCCGUUUCUGGGGCUAUCAGAGACCCUAUUGAAUCUAAAUGGGAUGCGACGGUAGCAGCAGUCUUACUUUUGGGGUUAUUUGAAAAUAUCACAGCCCGACAGGUUGGCAUGCUUGCUUGGGGCACUCAUACUGAAGGUGCUAUUCAGCUAGUCAAGGGGCGCGGAAGAGAGCAGUUCCAGACAAAGAUUGGUCGUGAUCUAUUUACGUGUGUAAGAACACAAAUGUUGAUUUUUGCUUUCAGCUCUGGUAAGCCUUUACCUCUAGGCGCAGAAUUUUGGAUCCGUGGCGCUGCCAAAGACAAGUUUGCAACCGUCUGCUACCAUAUCACGAUGCGUACGAGCGAGUUAAAGACAGAGGCAAACCGUCUACUGAUGACGCUCGACCGAAAACCGGAGAAUAUUGGUAUUAUUAUGGAUAUUAUCAAAAAGUGCCAGAUGCGUGAUCACGAAUUUGUUCAGUGGUCUAAAAAUCUCCCCGAGUAUUUUGAGGCCAAGACAACUAUCUGGGAAGAUAAUGUGCCAAACGGGGACUUCCGCAAAGCUGAAGUCUAUCCGGGCCGUGUCGAUGCGUUUGUUGAUAUGUGGGUGGCCACCAUUUGGAACUCGAUGCGAUGUGGUAGAAUUGUUCUUGCUUCCAUUAUUGUUCGAUGCGCUGCUUGGGUGUGCUACCCAGUUGAUUAUCGAACGACACCCGAAUAUGCCACAUAUUCGCGAAUUAGUGCUGAGCUUAUCACGGAUAUUAUUGCGUCCAUUCCAUUCUGCCUGGGUUGGUUUGCUAGCAGAAAGCAUCUUUUGGACAAGAACGACUUGACAGGCUACGCCUGUGGUGAAGAUGACGCACCAAAGGGAUUGGCGGGUUAUCUUGUUACUUGGCCAUUGAGCUGCGUCUUGACACAAGAUUAUUCAACAGACAACCAAAGAGCCUGGGUCCAAGGUCGACUUGAAGCUAUUUCUUCGCAGCUUGGCAUGAGAUGUGCCAAGAUGUUGACACAUAUGCAUUUGAGAGUGCCUUCUAUGUUAAUUCAUAGGGAUAUGAUGUCAGAGACUGGGAUGACAAGCUCAACAGUUGAUUUGGAUAAGAUUCUGGCCUCUCGUGCCGUUCCACCCUCUGGUCUCUCGGUGUCUCCAAGCGCACAGAGGGCUAUAGUGCCGGUAGUAAAACAGGAAACUUUUCACUAAAUCGAGAGCAGGCGCCAAGUAUAUAAUAAAGGAGUUAGGAAACACUAUAGAAAGCUGUAACGGGCUAGGCCCAUGGAGGUCUCGGGUAGCCCUCGACCAUCUAGGCAAGGGACCCAUGUAAGUCAUAUAAAAGGCUAUUCCAGCUAGCUGGAAUAGCCCCUUUUCGAUCCCUUCUUCUUCAUCUUCGGAUACUCGUAGUGGUCGCUCAGCUAGUUGUCAAUAUACUCAGUUGAGACCGUUACAAAAGCGUCCAAUCCUUCAAUAUCAUACCCAUGGGCUCAUAAUGCAUGAUGUAUAAUAUUUUUAUUAAAUUGUAGCGUAAAACAGGCGAAAAAUCAUGCAGGAAUGAUGGUAUUGGUAUUCAUUAUGCGUGUAGUGCUGCCUGCUAGAAACUCCCAAAGUCAUUUUGCUUUAUCCUGUAAGACUGGCAAAGCCCUUGACUGAUAAAGGGCUGGUAUCAAAAGAUGCUAAACCAUUGUGCCUAUAAUGUUAUCGUUUGUGUGCUUAGUUCAUAACUGUUUUAUUUCCGCUUUGCUCUGCACCGCUAGUUAGCAAUGGGGCUGUUGUGGCAAGUAACCGCAACCUUUGGAACUCCGGUAGCUUUGGAUCAAGUCAAUCACUUACGCCGCAUUGUUUUCUUGAACGCCAAGAUUCCACGCCUUGACAACAUAGCUUUGAGUCUUAUCAACGUACUUCUCAUUCUGAAUAUCCUUCACGCCAACCUUCAUGCCGUCCUUCGUAAAGACGACGUUUUUCUUGCCCAUGCGCUCCGUGGCAUGUUCUGACAUCUUGGUUACAGACAGGUAGAUAUGAUAGAUGACAAACGCAAUGCCACCUAGAAUGACGAGGGUAAUGAAAAGUGGGAGAAGUUGCCUACAAGUAAAAUAGAUGUUAGCGUGUUGUCUUCGGUCACCUCGUUGCAACCUCCCAACAGAGCCGGGUCAGGGAAAUCAGUGUAUUUCAAUCGUACCAAAUAGGGGAACUGCGCGCCAUGAUUUCUAUAUGAUUGGGAGGCGCAAGGCAGGUUUGAGUCUCUGCGUGAUGCACUGGUGGGGUGGCUGGCUGGCAGGCGGAAACGACGCGCGCGAAAGGAUAGGCUUGGGCAGAUGGCGGUAAAAAUAAACGUUAUUCGGCGUAGAGUGUUGUGCGAAGGUAGUCAGAUUAGGAAGAGUCAGAAUAAGAGGAAUCGCGUACGAAUUUGGGGAGAUGUAGUUUGCAAGUUUGGAAAUAUUAGCCGGACGUUAGAAAAAGUACAA